AUGGCGACUCCGACAAUGGAGGGCUUCGGCGUCCUUGGUGGCCUUCCUAUGAGUGGUGCAGGAUCGGGAACCAUCCCGAGCCUUCCUGUGACACCUGGUGGAUUUCCGGCCUUGUUGGACGCAGCAAGGCAACAAACUGAGCUGGUGUUUUGGAUCGUGAGGACGGUGCAAGAGCAUGAAGGCCGAAUCUCAUCACUGUCACGCCAACUUGCCGACCAGCUGAAGUUGCUGUCGGAGGAUCGGAAGAUUUUCAAGUCUUCAGCCACGCGAAAGUGGCCCUCUGGUGGGGUGGGAUCUCGUGGGCUUAGCCGCGAAAGCUUCGUAUCGAACGAUGGUGGUGCAGCUCUGUCGCAGGCAAGCCUGGCAGGUAGCCCAGUGCACCACGAGGAGCGCGACAAGACCCAGAUCGAAGAGAACUUGGAUCUUCCGUUGGAAAGCCUGGGCUUGGACGGAGAGCCUGCGGAGCCUGCCGUCGGCUCCGCAGACCCCCUGGAGCCUGCGGAAGCCGCGGAGCCCGCGGAGCCGGCAGAGUCUGCGGAGCCCGUUGAUGCUGCCACCGCUGAAGCCGAAGCGAGCGGAGAGGGCCGUGCAUCGCAGAGCCCCGAUGACCGUGUCACCGGCAGCGCUGCUUCUGCAGAAGGUCGGCGGAUGUCCUUUGCAUCAGGCGGUCGUCGGCGGUCUUCAAUCACUGGUGCGCUCCGGGUCGACGAAGCAAUGGCGGCCAACGUUGUCACAGAGGAACGCUUGGCAGAUCGCCUGGAAGAGCGCAUUCAGCAGGUCUUGGCACAGGACGUUGAAGCCCGUUUGGAGGAUGUGGCCCAGUUCGUGCAAGAAGAGCUUUACAGGUUUGUUCUUGGACCGGAGAUGAUGGAAAGGGUCAGGCACGAAUGCUCCAACGUCAUCUCGAUAGAGCUUGCUAUAGCAUUGGCUGCACAAGACAAGAAGGUGGAGGAGUUGAUCAGGUCAAGCCUCCUUGGCCCCCUCACACAUCUAGAGUCCUUGCCUGGCCAGGAUGUGACAGACGACCUCGCUAGGCGGCUGAAGCUUACAGAGGACCUUGUCGGUGAGCUGAAGGGACUUCGCCUGCAAGUUCCAGAUAUGCGCAACGAGCUCACUAACCUCCAGUCAUCCCUGAUAGCAACCGUACAGACUAUCGAGGAUCUGGAGGUCAGGCAGCAAGAGUUGGCUGCUGCAGGAGCCCAUCGCUUGUCCCCGGUGUCUCCGCACCGCUCAUCCCCGUCGCGGACCGAAGCCGUCGAAGAAGAGGAAGGUCUGGGUGUCGACAACCUGGGAGAGACCGUGCCGGAAGACACGAAUGCUCCAUCGCCUGUGCCGGAGUCGCGGCAGCCGUCACGGCAACCAUCCCGACAGCCAUCGGUCGUGGCAUCGCCGGAUGACAUGAAGCCGAAGAGAAGGUUGAGCGACAUGCUUGGUCUCUACAUGGCGCCGGCUGCCAGACCGCAGGCUGUAGAUGACUCGCAAGUGCAGGAACUGGUAGCACGCACAGAAAGUAUGCGAACAAGACUGGAACAGAUGGAGCAGAUUGUUGGCACCGAGCAGGCUGCAGUGACCAGUCGAAGACACAGCCUUCAGAACAAGCUGAAUGACGUCGACACUCUCGCGGCGAUCCUUGAAGAUCGCAUGCGCGAGCUAGAUACGGAGUUUCGAACGAGCAAGCAGCACGUCCAAUCACAGCUGGAUGUUCUCAUGACAGCUCACGAAGCUCAGCAUGCUGAGGAUCUCAAGCACAACAAGACUUGGAACUUGGCCAAUCAGGUUGUAGUGUUGGUCGUUGCCACACUUACUUCGGAAGAUGGGAGAUAUGUGCAUGUUGUGCUUUGGCUUGCAGCCGCGCUUGGUGCUUUUGCGCCGAAAGAUCGCUGGAGAUUUCAAGUACAUGGCCACACAGACAGCACUUCUAGACCAUAA